GACUGUAGCAAGCAAUUCGUAAACACACAAUCGGCAGGACUGACUGCAUAUAUUUCUCCUCUGAUUGUGCUACAUUAUACAGGUACGCUGGAAUUUUCGGAGAGCGAGUCGGACAUGUCAUAUGUCUUCAUCAAUGACUUGUCGCAGACCAGUGUACCAUUACUGCAGGCUUGCAUUGAUGGGGACUUGAGUGUCGCCAGGCGUCUGAUGGAGACCGGCUGCGACCCCAACAUCCGUGACCACCGGGGCCGUACAGGUCUACAUCUGGCAGCUGCGCGGGGUAACGUUGACAUCUGCCGCUUUCUGCACAAGUUUGGCGCAGAUCUGCUCGCCACCGACUAUCAGGGCAACACUGCGCUGCAUCUGUGCGGACACGUGGAUACCAUUCAGUUUCUGGUGUCCAAUGGGCUUAAAAUUGAUAUUUGUAACCACAAUGGUUCGACCCCACUGGUUCUGGCUAAGAGGAGAGGAGUAAAUAAAGAUGCCAUACGGCUCCUGGAAGGGUUGGAAGAACAGGAGGUAAAGGGCUUCAACAGAGGAACCCACUCUAAACUGGAAGCCAUGCAGAUGGCUGAGAGUGAAAGUGCAAUGGAGAGCCAUUCACUGCUGAAUCCAAACCUGCAGAACAGCGAGGGUGUGCUGUCCAGCUUUCGCUCCACCUGGCAGGAGUUUGUGGAGGACCUGGGCUUCUGGAGGGUCCUGCUUCUGCUUCUGGUCAUCGCUCUCCUCUCGCUGGGCAUUGCGUACUAUGUCAGCGGUGUACUGCCCUUUUCUGCUAGCCAGCUUGAGUUGGUCCACUGAGGGCCUGUUAUAUAUCUAGAGCAUGCUCUAGGAUGCUGAAGGUUCCUCAGUACAAGAUUAGGUCUAACCUGAAGUUUAGAAAUGAUCUUGUCAUUCUCACAGCUGGGGUAGACUGGAGCUGUCCACAGACGGGGACUGAGCUAUGAAGGAGUAUUGCAACGUUAAAUUAUUCAUGGGGACAUUAUUAACGUAUCACAAACAUACACCAAAUGAUGUAUACAUUUCUCACAGAUAUUUUAAUGUCCACUAAAUAUCUACAUGUUGAUGUAAACUGCAUUAGAUGACAUUACAUAGGGUGUCACUUCAGCCGUACUUAUUUUUCCUCUCGCAAAAUAUGUUUGGUCUGUAAUGAAGUGUAGUUAUGACAGAUACUACAUACAGCACAUACUGUAAUCUUGCCAUGUCAAAACUUAAUCCUUCGUUUUACCUGCGUUUUAUGUAAAAUAUUGUUAAAAAUGUUGCUUAACAAAACAAACUAAUUCUUUAAAGAUACCAUAUGCUAACAUUGUAUACGUUUUAUUAUUGGUUUAAUUGUAAAUAUUUAUAUAUUAAUGCUAUGUAUCCUGUAAUGUAUAUGUAAAAUGAUUCCGUUACGUUCAAAUAAAUAUCAUUUUUUUCUCAUCAGAAAUA